AUGAGGAGUAAUCCGGGAAAUCAGGAGGACGGCACACUGGCCCGGAAAUCCAAACGAAAUUUGAAGCACGUGCAAGUCAUGAUCCGUGCCAUCAAUUCCAACUUCAAGAGCUGCACUGGCAGUGAUCUAUCCUUCUUCGUUCCCACUGAGCGCCUGGAGUACAGAGUUGGCACCAUGCAGUUGGAGCCUCCUUCCGCAAAGAUGCGGAAACGCUUUGUCGCGGGCCGGCCAAGCUGUGACGACGCUGAAGGCAACAAUCCUAUCGGCGUGUGCACACGGUUUCAAGGUGGAGCCACGUGGCUCUCCAAGCAGGGCAUGGCAGAGCGGUUUGUGCAAAAGUAUCAGUACGACGAAGAGAAGCUGACAGAGAUGGCCGAGCUCAUGCGCUCCGAUUUGGGCUGUGAAGUGCCAGCCGAAGCCGUUCCAGGCAGCAUCCAAGAAUGGGCAACAAUGGUCCGCGGGAAAGGCUGGUUUGGGCUCACGGAGCGGUGCCUCAGCCUAGCUCGUGAGUGGACAAUCACGUCCGAAAUCCUCUUUGAACUCGCCGCAGAGCAGCGUGAUGAGGAUGAAGAGCUGCAGGAGCUCGCUGAGGAAGCAGAUGCAGCUGCAGACGUGGAUGACCCGACCAACCGCCAAGAAUUCCAAGAAUGGCGGAAGAAGUUCAGCAACAAUGUUCAACUUUGCGCGCAUCUCUAUCGAGAUAGGGGCUUGCAGCAGAGAAUCCGCAUGAUCGCCUUGGCGACGGAGUUUGUCUCCAAGGAGUACCAGAAAAACUUGCAAGCCCAAAAGCAGGGCCAGGCUGCACAGCUGACGUGGAGCGCGGCUAGGGUCACGGGGUCCUGGUACUGGACGCUGCACUCCACGUUGCGCAUGAUGCACGAUGCUCGGUUUCUGGCCGAGCUUGGGAUUUCUUCUUCCACGGGCGGCGGAGAGCCUGCUUCGUGGGAUGAGCCUUGGGUGCUAGAGGAGGCAGCCUUCCUGGAGGAGGUGUGGCGGCGGCUUCUGGUGGAGCUGGCAAGUGCUAGGACGUGGUCCCAAUGCCAGUAUUCACUUUGUCUUCCGUUUGCCUUCGCAUGUGUGUACGGGUCGGGUGAAACACGUGAAAGCGGGAUGCAGCAUAUUCGAAGCCUGGAUGUUGGCUUGGCCACAGCCCAUCGAAUCAUCGAGGAACACCCGCAAUCGCCUCUCGCGAAAGAGAUCCGAUCCCUUCUGGAAGAUUGCUGGUGGUGGCGGUCGCAGCUCAGCUUAGAGAUGCUCGAGACAGCCAGGCAGUGCAGGUACGAUGGCUCGCACCGAGAGGCGAAAAUCCUCGCAAUGUCUGCCUUCGGUGGACCCGCCAACUCCAAGCUGACGGCAGAGGAUGUCUUUGCUCAUCUCCAACACCUGGCAUUGCGUUCUCAGAAAGGAAUGUUGCGGAUGAGCAAGUGGACUAAAUUUUUGUACGCGACCACCUGCCGGAGCGCCAACAACAAUGGAUACCAGCAGGUGAGAUGCUCUCCGGAGGACUACGGACAAUCGGUGUUGCGUAAAGCUGAUCGUGCUGGCCUUUACUUUUCGCCCUCGCAACAAGUUCCGGAAUGUCUGGAGCUGAACAGUUUGGAGCAGGUGAAAGAGAAGUGGGGGACAACGGGAACGAUUGCCGAUAUGAGAAUGACUGCAGCGAGCGCAACUUUGGCAAUGUGCCACUCUGACGACUUUGCUCGGUUGCCUGACUUGUGGACAGGAGUGUUCCUGGCAAAGGGCCUGGUGAUCCUUGACGAGGAUGAGAGCUCCGCCUGCCUUUGCUUGGGCUUUCGGCGCUGGGCGGCACAGUCCGUGCCUUUGGACAUGCGCAAGGCUGAGAACGGGAAGUGGCACUUCGUUGUGCCACUGCCGCUCUCACAGGAGAAGGUGCAGCGCCCACACUGGAUUUUCCAUGACAGUGCCGAUGCAGACAAUGCGACACGGAAAGCGUGCGCCGUGCGAAUCCUACACCCGGCAUGCCUUCCUACACAUGCACGGGCAGACACAUGCGUGCUGGAACAGAGUAGUGAGGUGGAGCCGCUGGUGCGAGCGGCUUUGAGGGCGGGCGCGGUGAUGCUGGACGUCACCACUUUGAAAAAGGUCUCUGUGAUCAACAAAGCAGAGACACCCACAGGUACAGGACCUGUGGGCAAGAAUGGCAAAAGAAGUAUUCGGAAGGGAGACAGAGUGAGGGCUUUGCUCAAGAAACUGUUCCCCACCGUCGAAGAGGAGAGCCCGGAAUACCUGCAGAUGUGGCAAGGCCUGAUGGGCAAGAAGGCGGUGGUGACGGAAGAGUGUGCAGAUGAGAUUCUGGCCGGAGUCAAAGCCCUCGAUCCUGAGAAUCAAGAGAAAUUCGCAGGUUUGAAGACCAUGGCGGAGAAAUGUAAGUUGGAUAAACAUGUCCGACAAGCUGUUGCAGCUGGCCGAGGCAGCAGAUAUGCCAAAUGGGGAGGCGUUCAGCGAAAUUUAUCCGAAAAUGAAGCGCUGCACGAAGUUGUCACAAAGGUAUGGCCCAGCCGCGAAGCUGUGGACUUAGCGGUUACUCGGAUACGCAACGAGCCCUUGCAUCCAGAGGAU